AUGGCGGAUCUGAUGGCUGCCACCCGCGAACUUCCUGCCACCUCCAAUGGCAAUGGCGCAGCAGCUACCCACCGCCCCACGGCCGGUCCUGCGCCGACCAGUUCACCGUCUGGGAUUCGAGGGCCGAGGAUGAUCAUGCAAGAACGAGCUGCCAGGGAGGCGAGACAGAGGGCAGAAGCCGAGCAGCUUGCUUUAGAACGAAAUAGAGCCGAGCAGGAGGCACGUUUGCUGGAUGAAACACGUCGAAGGAAUGCCGAGCGCCGUUCUGAGCCGCAGCACUUGCACCAGCAACAAUCACCACCCCGCGGCCACGGCCAAGCUACCCUGGAAGCCACACACGCCCCUAAACAAUCCACAGGGCAACAAAUAGCUGGGCAAUUUGAACCCAACACCACCCAGCAACCCGCCAGAUCACCUGUAUAUGUCACUUCUAGCGGCCGGCCGCGGCCCCAACACCACGCCAGUGCCCCAACAGAACCCUCGGCUCAACACGCGGAGCCUUCGAAGCCUAGAAGCUCGUUUCCACACGCCUUUGAGCGUUGGGAGACGCUCUCUGCUCAUUGGGAGGGCCUCACGAGCUACUGGAUAAGGAAACUGGAGCAGAACAAGGACGACACUGACCGCGAUCCGUUGAGCCAACAACUCGCGCGGCAAGUUACUGACUUGUCCGCCGCUGGUGCCAACUUGUUCCAUGCUGUGGUGGAGUUGCAACGACUACGCGCAAGCUCAGAGAGGAAGUUCCAACGUUGGUUCUUCGAGACCAGAGCCGAGCUGGAACGAGCCCAAGAGGUCAAUGGCAUGCUUGAAAAGGCACUGGAAAGAGAGCGCCGUGACCGUGAGAACGCUAUUCGCGAUGCCGUCGACCAUGAGCGAGGCACGUCCAAGGCCCACAAACAGCUUGCUGAGAUGCGCAAAGAGCUUAGCAUUUCCAAGGACGAAGCGCGCAGAGCUUGGGAGGAGCUCGGACGAAGAGAGCAAGAGGAGCGAGACAGGACUCUGUCACUACAGUCAGGCCACCCCACCAUUGUUGGCGGCGUACAGGUUGUCCCCAUGACGCAUGGCGGCGUCAGCCGGCAAGGCACUGUCCGGGAGCCCGAGGCGUACCAAGCCGAGUACGCGCAAGGCUACGGCCCUGAGCAGACACAAGCGCCGCCUUCACCAGCCUCUCCGACGACUGCCGGGCCCAGCGGCACCCAUUACAGAUCCCCAGAGCAAAGGCACUCGCAUGCCCGAGACAAAUCCGGCGGCUCAGCGGGCACAUUCGGCGAAGGUGAGUACAUCAUUGACGCGGCAGGCAACUUUGUUCUCGACUCUCGAGGGCAGAAGAUCCCCCUUGUUGCCGAACCCCCCUCUGGAGCCUCGGUUUCUGAUCCAGAGGCAGACGACUACGACACGCCGGCGACGACAAAUCCGCCAAGCGGCGCCCACGAACCGGCCUCGACGUCGGCGGGCGAGGGCCGGUGGUCCGGUGCUUAUUCAGAUCCUCAGGACUACUCUGGACAGGGAUACGGUGUGCCUGGCUGGGAGACUGUCCCCCGACAUCAUCAUCCAACGAGGCUAAGCGACGUAAUCGAGGAGGAAGACGAAAGAAGCCGAACGAGCGCGAGUCAAAGCCGAGGAGGCCAUUGA